AUGUCUUCCGCCCAGCCAGAGCCAUCGCGGCUGCACCCGCGUCGCCGGCCCAUCUUAAACACCGAAUUGCCCACCAUGUCGACCGACUCUGUUGAAUCUGAGAUGCGACUGAAGAAAGGAGAGACCUUCCAUACUCCCACCUCCCCGCCGUCCAGUGACAGUGAUCCAGUCUUGAACCUUCGGUCACUGCCUCGUCGUUCGCCAACAUCUUUGGAAGCGAUCACCGCCGCCGAGGAGCGUAUGACUUCUAUCCUUGGCCGUCUUAGUCUCAAUACCACCGAGGAUAAACAGAAAGGCUCGGGAAGUACUGUGCCUGAUACCAUGCGCAGAAACUCUAAUUCCAUGUCCAACCUUGGUUCCUCGAACGAGGAGAAAAAGACAGACCAGGAGCAAGAUCAUAGUCACGAUUCUGACAGUGGCAUUGGGUCAUCAGUCAGCAGCGAGGAAGAGCUCUCUGAUUCAAACAGCAAAGAUAAUGGUAUUCACGACAAACAAUCUGCCAUUACAGACUCUAUUGCCGCAUUUGCUUCAGGAUCCUCAUCCAAGCGUCAACUAGGCCCCGCUGCCUGCAAGCAAAUUGAACGAUACGUUCUUGUUCCCAUCCUCAAAGAACCUCGCCUUAAACCGUUCCACCCACUGGUACGGAGUAUUCCUCAACGUAUUGUCAAUAAGCAGAUUGUCUGUCUGCGGGAUCUUGAAAAAACCCUAUUGUGGUUGGCACCGGUUCGACGAUACGCCGCCAUGAUUCGCGCUGAGCGUGAGCGGGUCCCAGCGACCCGGGGCGGCAAGCCCGAGGAGAAAUCUAAUCUGGUGCACCAAGCUCAUCUGGAACAUGGCAUUUCCAAGGACGGAAAGCCCCUGGAGCUUGUUGUCAUGCAAGAUGGAAAGCCCAUUUCCAUGCUGACUGGAAAGCCUUAUGAAGUGGAUUCUUCCAUUUCGUCUAGUUCCAUCAAGCGUACCAUCAACCUCGACGAUGCAGUCGACGAGGGCGUGCAGCGCUCGAUGGCUCGUCGCAAGAAAAAUGCUCCUCCUAUGGACAUUAACCAGAAGUGUUCCCACUGUGACAAGGUGUUCAAGCGCCCUUGUGACUUGACCAAACACGAGAAGACCCACUCUCGCCCCUGGAAGUGCGAGGAUACUUCGUGUAAAUAUUUCAAGGUUGGCUGGCCCACCGAGAAAGAGCGCGACCGCCACAUGAACGACAAACACUCGGAUGCCCCCAAGCUUUUCCGCUGCGGCUUUGAGCCAUGCACCUAUGCCUCGAAGCGCUCGAGCAACUGUAAGCAGCACAUGGAGAAGGCUCACGGAUGGAAAUAUGUCCGAUCCAAGAACAAUGGUCGCAGUGGCAGCACCGGCAGCAAGCGUGAUUCCUCUGUCCAGGCAACUCCUCAGACACCCAGUGUCUCUACUCCUGCCUCCAAGGUCACCGACUUUGCUACCCCAAUCACAGGGCCCAGCCCCUCUCCCAGCGACCAGACCUACAACUGGCCUGAGAACCCCAACUUCAACUUUGCGGAGCCUCCUGCGCCUCACAGCGAUGACUUCCCCUUGUUCGGCGAAUCCCCGCCUUACUUGAUGAAUGAUAUCAACUCUUUCCCGACUUCGAUGAAUCUGGACGGUUUCCAGGCUCAAUUCGGGGCUGGCGACCCAAACAGUUUGAUUCCGGCGCUGGAAAUGCACCGACAGUCUAUGAACUCCAUGUCUGUCCCUUCGUCAGAGUCUGUUCCCGAUCUGAUGGGACCUGUGUCAUUUGAUGGAUCCCCUCUCGCCGGAACCGACAGCAUCAACUUUGACCUUGAGUGGAACAACCUCGAGUACCCACUCAACGACGAGUACAACGCUAUGUCCAUGCGUAUGCAGGCGCCUACCCAUCCCAUGGAGGCCAUGAAGGGUUACUCGAACGAGUUCACCCAGAUGAACAACAACCAUCUGUCCUACGCCCUUCCCACCAAAGUGUCCGGCCUCUCUCCGGGUGCCCAGGGCAACGCCAUGCUGUACUCUCCUGACUCAUCCAAUGUCGGCGACACCCUCUCGGAGCGCUACGAAUACGCUCUCCAGCCCAAGGCCGGAAACGAUUUCACUCUGUUUGACCCAAGCUCCCAGAUGGGCCAUGCUGCUCCCCGCAUGACGCAGACCAACAGCAAUGAGGCACUCCAGUACCACCGGACCCAGCAGACUAUGUUCCAUUCUCUGAAUGAGCAGCAGCGUGCUCUCAUGAACUCCUGGAACGGACAGCCCAUCCAGGGCCACUACCUACCCCGCGACAACAUGGAGAUGGAUUUCAAGUAA